UCUAAUGGUAUUUUAUUGUAAUUGCUAUGAUGUCAGAGUGUCCGUCCGCCCUAAUGGCUUUCUAAUAACAACAACAAGGACGGAUUAGUUCCAUUUACUGGAUCGUCUGGACAGAGAGACACCAGAGUUCAGCAGCUCAAAUCUCUGCAAGUUAUCCAGCUUUUAAAGCAUGCUGCCCCAUCCUCUCGGUCUUUUUCUGCUGGUUGCCGGGGCAGCGGUGUUGUGUGUCUCUGUGACAACACCGCUCCACAGUUUCAGAGGAUGCGCAGUGCGUGAAUUCUCCUUUGUGGCCCAAAAGCCCGGCUGCAAGGGGCUCCACAUCACCACUGAGGCCUGCUGGGGGCGUUGUCACACCUGGGAGAGGCCGAUACCAGAACCUCCCUACAUCCACAGACACCACCGCGUGUGCACGUACAGUCGGAUUCGUCACAUGACUGCCCGGCUCCCGGGCUGCCAGCCCAACGUGUCUGCUCUCUACCACUAUCCCAUGGCCCUGCACUGCCACUGUGCUGCCUGCUCCACCCAGGACACUGAGUGCGAAACCUUCUGACGGAGGAAAGCCUGCUUAAAGCGAAGAACACUUUAACCCCAAUUAGUUAC